GGGGCGGUGGCGGUGGCGGUGGUGGUGCCCAGCGGGGCUGGGGGCUUCUGGGCCUUGGGGGCCGCGGCGGGGGCAGCCGAGACGGGGCACUCUUGGGCCUGGGGGGCGGCGAUGUGUUGGGGCUCUGCAGCCCCCGGGCAGAACGUCCUGACACACGUGGAGGCCGCUGGUGCCAAGUCUGUCUGUCCGCAUACUCUGAGUCUUCGUAGGCAGCACACCGGGCUUUGGCAGCUUCAGUGAGGCGCCUGCAGAGACAGGAAGUGCUGAGGGACUGGGAGAGCCCCCCGCUCUCCUUCCUCCCGGCACCACGCAGAGCAGCGCUGGAAUAAAGAGCGUGGUGGGAUGGGGGAGCAACUCACUGGUGUUUCUUCCUCCGCCGCCGGAUGUAAAUGCAGCACACAAUUAUUAUCAGCAGAAUAGGAACAAACACGGCAAUAGCACCUUUCAAGCAGAACAUGGGGAGGUCGUUCACGUGGACCCCAUUCCCAGCUUGUUCACUGUGUGCACCUAAAGGAACAAUGGUGGUCACUGCUGUGCCUUGUGCCUAGCUGACCAUCUCACCAGAGCUCUGACGUUGCCAUGAAAUGUUCCAGGAGGCCACGAAAAUGAAACACAGCAACAGAACCUGUAACCGUCAGGCAUAGAGCUCUGUGCACGGCCUUUACCUGAAGCGCCAGCUACUUGCACGUCCUCUGUGCCUUCACGGGAGAUGGGCAGUGUGUGGCUGCUGCCCUCCUCAAACACAGCCCCGUCCACAGGCUCUCCAUUGAACUCUUGAGAAAGAAGGUAGCAGAGUGGGACUGUAAAGAUCUGCUCUUGCCACGAGGAUGACAUCCUCAAGAGGCUUUACUUCUCCAAAGACAUCAGAAUUUUCUGCAUCUCUACACGGAACGUCAGUUUCCCAAGUCUUCUGGUGCACAGACAGUAAUAUACCCACCAGGCACUUCGUUGUCCUCCGUCACUGCCUUGAGAGCAUGAUAAAACCGCAGCGAAUCUCUUUCUCGUCCCAGUUUCCCUCUCUGUCUCGCAGGACCUGAACAGAACGUAGCAGGACACAUUUCAGACCAACCAACUACUGACCCGAGCACUCUUUUUAGUGAAGUCCAUCCAGACAGACUACCCACCCCUGGGAUACCAGCGGGGCUCCGGCGUGGGACGCAGCUGUGAGUUUUGCACGGCCCUCUCUGGAGGCACUUCUGCAAGCAAAGAACCACAACAGCUUUCCAUCAUACACCACAAUCUGCGUCACUGCGUCACGACACAGCUGAGGAGCAGAUGGUAGCAGGGGAUGGUGCCGGGACAGGGCACGCACAUGCAGCUCUGUGCUCUCACACCUGCAGGCGUGCCUGGCUGACAUAAGGGCUGUGAGCUGGCAGCUCGCAAAGGAAGUAAAAAGCCAUGACAUACCCAUGCCAUCUGCUAUAGCUUCCAUCCUGGGAGCCGGCUGGGAUUCUGCAUCCCAUUCACCUCCACUCACAUCUGUAAACAAACAGGACAGAGCAGCUCAUGUCAAACACGUCCAUAUCCCUCUCCAGAUGGGAACAACACGGGUCACUCCACAGCACCCUUCUCUCCCUUCCACACAGCAGCAUCUCAACCAUAGGUGCUGGGUGCCUGCAGUGGCACCGUGCUGAUAUACAACAGUCCAUGCGUGGAACUGUCUGGAGAUGGGGAGGGGAAGAGAAUGGAAAGGGGAUGGAGAGGGGAGGGAAAGAGGACGGGAGGGGGAACCCCAAAGGCUCUGUCCUUGCAGUGAUUUACCUCUGGGUUCCACCUCAGGAACAAAAGCCGAGUCCGACCAGGCAACCGCAUUAACAGAACCGGUGUAGUCAUCUAGAAUCACAAACAGAUGAGAGAAGUUUCCAUUCAAUGUGUGCAACACCACCAUGUUCCACAUGGAGCAACAUUUGGCCACUUGGGCCUUUCUUACUGCACAUCUCUGAUGGGCACAAAGGAAUGUGACACAACAGCACAGGAGGAAAACGUGCCCAGCACGUCCCUUGGGCUGGGGGCUGAGGUGGAGCCUGUGUUGGGAACUGGGUGCUGCCCAUCUUCCCCUGCCCAGCACGUCCCCCAUGCGAGGAGAGCUGCAGGGCAGUCUGCCACCUGGCCAUGGGGACACAGUGUGACUUUGUGCCUCCCGUGCCACUCCGUUUUGCUCACCCACCUGCUCCUGGUGCUCGCCACGGAGCAGCAGCAAACUUCCAGAAAGUUGUGGCAAUCAGGAGGAGGAGUAUGAGACGGGCAGAGGCCAUAGCUCCCCACACUCGUCCCAUGCUGUAACCAGCACGGCUGCAGCCACAGCAAGUUGAUGACAUGGCAGGCACAGAGCAGUGCCUGUGACACCACGGGACAGCGUCACAGAGGGGCACUGUGAGCUCAGGGCAGAGGGGCUGACCCCAGCGCUCACGGAACCCCCCACUGCCACUCUCGAGCUGCCACGGCAGAGAGAAUUCCUUCAUCGCUGACGGUGCUUCCGACACCCGACGCCAUUUUAUUUGAAUCUUUGUGCCCCCACCGGCCACUGCUGCAAUGAAGACCACCAUUGGCGGAGCAGUGCCCGUAUCCUUCCAGCCCAUCCCUGCCCCCAAUGUCACCUCCAUGGUGCCUCAGGCCUCUGUCCAGCCGGGGGUACCGGGUGUGCAGGGACAGGGAGCGCAGCUGCCACCUGGGGUGAUCCCCCAGACGGUGGUUCAGCUGCCAGCUGGGGCAAUGCCCUAUACUGUGGGCCCGCUCCCACCUCAGGGGCUGCCCCCAACGGUGGGUCAGCUCCCACCACCUGGGGCAAUGCCCCCAAUUGUGCUUCAGCUGCCACCUGGGGCAAUGCCUCAAACUGUGGGUGAGCUCCCACCUCAGGUGGUGCCCCCAACGGUGGGCCCGCUCCCACCUCAGGGGGUAGCCCCAAUGGUGGGUCUGAUCCCACCUCAGGGGCUGCCCCCAACAGUGGGUCAGCUCCCACCUGGGGCGAUGCCCCCACCUGUAGUUCAGGUGCCACCAGGGGCAUUGUCUGGAAGUGUGCUUCAGCUGACAGCUGGGGCAAUGCCCCCAACUGUGGGUCAGCUCCCACCUCAAGGGGUACCCGCAACUGCGGGUCAGCUUUCAAUUCAGGGGGUACCCCCAGCUGUGGGUCCGAUCCUACCUCAGGGGGUAGCCCCAAUGGUGGGCCAUCUUUCACCUGGGGCAAUGCCCCCAACUGUGCUUCAGCUGCCAGUUGGGGCAAUGCCCCAAACUGUGGGUCAGCUCCCACCUCAAGGUGUACCCCCAACUGUGGGCCCUCUCCCACCUCAGGAGGUGCCCCCAACGGUGGGUCAGCUCCCACCUCAGGAGGUGCCCCCAAUUGUGGUUCAGCUCACACCUGAGGGGCUGUACACAAUUGUGGGUCAUCUGCCACCCGGGGAGAGGCAGUUACCCCUCCUCCAGCUCCUACCCGGCGGGAUGAAGCCGGGUAUGCCUCCCCCCAAUGCCCCUGCCCACUGCUGGCAACAUCCCCGGCUGGCAGGGAAGCGGCAGCGGCAGCGCCAGCAGCCGAUGGGGCAGCGGCCCGGGGCCGUGUGCCGUGGGAAGCCCCCGCAGCCCGCAGGCAGCUGCCCGCUGCAGGCCCCCGGCCGCCCCGGCCCCUCCACGCUCCUCCGAGCACCUGCAGUGCAGCUGCGGGUGCUCCCCGGGCCCUGCACCCUGCCCGCCAGCUGGGAGCAGGCGACGGGGCCCUUUGCAGAUGCCGUGGCGCACACCCAGGAGCAGCGGCACCCAGCGCCCACCAACGUGUGCCCCCAUCCCGCCACGGCUCCGCUCGGCUGCAGCAGCGCAGCGCUGGAAUCAGGAGGUGAGUUUGGGGGCUGCGCAGCGGGCGGCAGGCUGUCCGCACCGGGUGGCUGUGGGAAAGCUGGCAUUGCCCCACUGGGGAUGUUCUUGCUUUUCCAGCAGCGACAAUGA